ACCAAAAAAACCGGCAUCCAACCGCUACAACCACGUACCAUCCGGGCCAUCCGGCCACCAUACCAGCGAGAAACAGGAAAAAACGACAGGGCCGACUACGAUUAUAACUUUAAAACAUUCACUGAACACUAAAAACACUAAAUCCACAUACUGGAAACCAAUUUCAGAAUUUUUGAGGGCGAUUGCAAGGGAUUCUGUCGAACGGAGAUUAAACCGCCAUGUCUAAUGCUCACCACAGAAACCACUUCUACUGCUUCAACAAAGUGUUCGCCAUGUGUUAAUUCCAGAUAUUUUCUCGGAACUCUUGAGCCAUUACUGGGGUACUUUAAUAAUUUAAGACAAAAAAUUGGGGAUCCAGAGUUGAUUUCUUAAUUUAGGUAAAAUCACAGGACAUUGUGAAAUAGUAAAAUACUGAAUAAUGUUAAGGUUAUAUUAUGUCAUAUAGAUCGUAGAAUUUGGUUUAAGCGGAGUCCAAUUGGACGUCACAAAAUAAUGAAUAGCGAAUCAAGUAUAGCUUUGAACUGACUUUGAACAACUGGACUUGCAUAUUUAAAAUGAUUUUAACCUUGAACUGUGCUUGAACUACAACUGUAUAAGCGUGCGUUAAAGUUACUUGUCAUACUUACGUUACUUCCAUUCUGUUCUUGUCGAUUGCAGAUGUCCGUGCUAGUAAAUAGUGAACCGAAUUUAGCUUUGAACUGACUUUGUACACUGGACUUGCAUAUUUAUACUGGGUUUAACCUUGAACUGUGCUUGAACUGCCACUGUACAACAGGGCCUUAAAGUUUCUUGUCUUGUCUGUAAAAGAAAUUUGCUUAGUUUGAAUUCAAGUAAAAAAAAAUUUGAAAACUGUUUUAUGGCCCUAUACAAAUCGUGUUAUGUCCUAAACGUUUUACUUUUUCAGAUAUCGGAUGGUAAAGUUUACAGGAAAAAAAUCUGUGAUUUAUAUCGGGUAUUUUCGAAUUUUGGAUAGCCUAGUCUGCACAAAAGUCACCCGUGGCGUGUUUCUUGUCCGAAACAAUUUUGCAAACGUUCAAUGGAAUUGAUAAGGCAAAUAUGGAUAAUUUUUUCCCGUCAAAACAAUACAUAUGGGCGCUACGCAACUAAAUACGCUUGAAGUUGAAACAGCUUGUCAGGGAGAUAAAAUUUGUCAUAAACGUCAGAUAUUCGAUGCUCGACGUUUUUUUUUGUGAAUUGCUGCAAUGAAAUCCGGCGUUCACUUAUGCGAACUUAGAACGAUCAGAACUGGGUUUGAAAAAUUACCCCCAAAUGCUCCGUUUUACAAAAAAUUCUUAAGGUUUCUUAGAAAAUUAAUCACCGUCAAUCCAAAAGCAGCAAUUAGCACAAGAAACUAUAGAAAUAAUUCUCAGAUCAUGGCCGAACAAAAGCGGCACAUUAAAAGCCCGUUUUACUACGUCAUCCAUCCUUACAGUGAUGUUCAAAUGCUGAGAGAACUAUUAUUUAUAAUUUUGUGGACAUUCGAAAUUGUAAGUUCUCCUCUAAACGCAAGUUUUGGAGACAUCUUUCGUGCUCACUACUUCUUCGUGGAUAUUUUUGGUUCUUAUCUCGAAAAUGGAAUAAUAUUUCCUCUUGAAUUGCUUUGGGUCGUUACCGAAUUUUUUGCAGCAUACAAAGUGUCGAACACGAAUACCAUUGAAUUUAAUCACGGGAAAAUUGUAAGACGGUAUCUCUUUACAUACUUCGUAUUUGACCUUCUAACCGUAAUAUUUCCUUUUGGAACUGUCUACGUUCGAUGGAUGUAUCUGGUUAAUCUUGCAGCAUACGCUAGAUUGAAAACGUUACUGGACUAUACGCAAAGAUUCUUUAAAGACUGUGGGAUUCACGAUCACGCGUUAAUCUGCAUGAAAUUGACAAUAAUUACUUUGGUGUUGCUACAUUUUUUUACGUGCGCGUUUUAUUUUUUGCCCCAUGCCGUCUACGAAGUCGAGAAAUUAAGUUCCGAUGAUUUGUGGAUUGUCAGAGCUGGUCUACAUCCGCCUACAGACUUAAUGGUGGCAUAUGUGGAUUGUUUCAGUAUGGUGCAAAUUCAUUUCUUUGGCUCGGGGGAUGGUUACGUUCCAAUAAAUGAAAUCCUGUGCGAGAAAAUAGCACUGAUCGUAGUGAUGGUCACCGGAAGAAUCUGGACUUUAUACGUGAUAGCCACUUUGCUGAGGAUACUUACGGUCGUUUCAAUUUCCGAAAGCAAAUACGAGGACUACUUGAUGCAGUUGAAUAUGUUCAUGAGGCAGAAAAAUCUUCCGAGAGAGUUACGGGCCCGUUUAAUUGAAUACUACCAAUAUAAAUAUCAGUAUCAUUAUUUCAACGAGCACGCCAUACUAUCCGCCUUAUCGACGUACUUAAGACACGAAUUUUUAUUGUUCGGCGCGAGGAAAAUGAUAGCCAAAGUUGAAUUAUUCAAAAUUUUUCCGCGGAGUAUUGUCGGAGCGUUGAUUUCCAAAUCGAGGCAGAUGGUUUUCUUGACGAAUGACACUAUCGUUAAGUAUGGCGAUCCUAUAGAGGACAUUUACUUUAUUUCGACUGGGACGUGUGCCGUUUUAAACAGAACCGGCAUAGAACUUGACCAUUUGCUGGACGGAGAGGAAAUCGGUCUCAUUGGGAUGUUGACAGCUUCGUCCGCCGUAACUCAUUCUUACACCCAUAUUGCCGUGGAAUCUACGGAAUUAUACGUCAUAUCUAAGAGAGAUUUUCGGUUAUUUGUUUAUGACAAAUAUGAUAUAUUGCGGUACUUUGCCCAACGCGUUGAAGAAAAGGUGAUGAAGUACAAAAACAUCGAAGUUACCACGAUCCAGCGGGGUUACGAUUUCUUUUCGGAAUUGAGCGCCGGGAAGAUAUUGGAACGACCGAGGAUACGGACCACUCAUUUUGAAAAAUGAGCCUCGACUUUGAUGUUAACUUUUGUUUUUUUAUCUUAAUGUAUAGGAUAAUGGAAAAGAUAAGUAACUUUAAGAAGAUUUAUUUUGGUCGCGUUAAUGAUAUCAGAAGCUUAACAAUAUAAAAACAAUUUAAGCAAAACCGAAGUUUUUUGUCGUUGCAAUUAAACAAUUAUUUAUAUAAAUUCUUUUGUGACCAAUCGGUAGUGAAAACAAUUAAACUAAAUUUUAUUUUAAAUUUAGUAUUUCUGGGGGUACCAGCUUAGCCAUUGUUAAAUUAUGUAUCAGGAAGUGUUAAAA